GUGCCCUGCGCGUUCCCGAGGGCGGUGGGGACGGCGGUGGCGGCGGCGGCAUCAAGAUGGCGGUGGCGGGCAAGGGAGUGGUGUCGGCCGCCGUGAAGCCGAUCUUCAGCCGGGACCUGGGCGAGGCGAAGCGGCGCGUCAGGGAGCUGUACCGGGCUUGGUACCGCGAGGUGCCCAACACGGGGUUGAGUCGCACCUUGCCGGUGGAGCGAGGGCAGAGCGCCGUGGGUGACCGCAGUAGGUGUUGUGUUUCUCGUAGUGCACCUGUACCAGCUGGACAUCACGGUGAAACAGGGGCGGAACAAGGUGCGGGAGAUGUUCAUGAAGAACGCUCACGUUACGGAUCCACGCGUGAUAGACAUGCUGGUUAUUAAGGGCUGGGAAGCUGUGCUGCAGAGAAAUCCAUGUAAGUGCCAAGGCAGGAACAGUAUAUUUGUGUCACAGUGCAGAUGAUGCAUGCAGGCUGUAGGAGAACAGAACUGCUGAUGCAGCUGUUAUUUUUGUAGGUGUUUUUAAGUUCAUUCACAGUACUGCGUGCUUAGUCUUGGGCUCUAACUGCCAACUAGUCUAAAGUUCUUUUGUGUGUGUGCAGGGGAAAAUGGAGCUU